AUGGCUGUUGCCAUCGCUGCCAUGAAAAGUGUAUCUGCUCUAACAGUCACUGAAGGUACUCUGAUGUACAAUAACCUUCCUGAUGAAGACACUACUAUCGAAAAUGGUGGUUACGUAGGUUUGAUCUAUGGUAAUGUUCAGGGUAUCACUGCUAAUAUGGAUAUCGAAGAUGGUGGUGCCUUGUAUGUCGGUGACCAAGACUCUGGUGAUAAUGGUCUACAAACUACCUUCACUGGUACCACGUUUAGCAAUCAAGGUGUCUCUGUUGUUGACAACAGAAAUGUCUCACAGGCAAUGACUGUCACUUGGGAUGGUACAACCAUCCAAAACGAUGGUAAGAUGUUUUUCGAGGGUCCUAACGUCGAUAGUAACACAAUUAAUGUCGAACCAAGUAGUACUUUAACAAACAACGGUUUAAUGGUUUUCAGUCAAGAUGAAAGUUCCAGUUAUGGUAGUACAGUAAAUUUAAAGGCAUCAACAUUUACAAAUGACGGUACUAUUUGUUUGAACAAUGUCAAGGCUUACCUUUUAUCUGAUGUCGCUGGUUCUGGUUGUAUUACUGUCGGUGCUAACUCUGUUUACGCAAUCCAAUCUACCAGUUAUGGUACUCUAGGUUCUCAAACAUUUUACAUGACCGAUUCUAGUUCCAUUAUCUAUGUCGAUAGUAAGGGUGAAACUAGUAAUAUCAAGGUUGCUGGUUUCGGUAAUAGUAAUUAUCUUUCUUUCGGUACUUCAAUUACCAGUUGGAGUUACGAUUCCAGUUCUGGUGUCUUAACUGUCACUGUUUUCAUAUUUAUUACACAUAAGUUCAAUAUAGGUACUGGUUAUGAUUCAUCUAACUUCAAGGAGGUUCAAAUUGAUAACCACAUUGGUGAUAAACUGGCUAACAAUGCUAUUUAUUACAAUGCUGCUCCACCAACCACUACUGCUCCAUCAGUCUGUGCUACUUGUGAAACUGCUCCAUGGAUUCCAAUCCCAACUCCAGUAACAUCCUCUUCCAUUGCAUCAUCCUCCGCUACUUCUUCUGUGGUAUCUUCAACAUCCUCUUCUAUCGCACCUUCAUCAUCUUCAGCUGUAUCAUCCAGUUCUGUCAUUUCAUCUAGUAUAUCUAGCUCGGCAAGCAGUUCAGUUAUAUCUUCAUCUUCUAUUUCAAGCAGCUCUUCCAUCAUUUCUUCCUCUUCAAUUCCAAGUAGCUCUUCUAUCGUAGUUUUAUCCAGCUCUACUAAUUAUGAAAGCAUGGAUGCCCAUUCUUUGACCAGAUCAAUAAGUUCUGAGUUAAUCUCAUCUUCUGCUACUCCAUCUUCUUCUUCUGUCAUCCCAUCAUCUUCUGUCAUCUCAUCAUCUUCUGUCAUCUCAUCAUCUUCUGUCAUCUCAUCAUCAUCAUCAUCAUCAUCAUCAUCUUCUUCUUCUUCUUCUUCUUCUUCUUCUUCUUCUUCUUCUUCUUCUUCUUCUUCUUCUUCUUCUUCUUCUUCUAUUAUCUCCUCUUCUGUGGCUCCAACUUCUUCUGCAGUCCCAUCUUCCAUACUUUCAUCCAGCAGCCAUUCAUCUAUUAUCCAAGCCUCUGCUGUCGAUGCCUAUGUCAGAAACACCACUACUACAUUGGUUACUAGUGAAACAAAUCUUUUCACCACUUCAAUAAUCAACGGUGUCACUCUAACUCAAUACACAACUGAUUGCCCAGUUACUGAUGAAAAUGGGUCUGUAACCUCAUCUCCAGCUACUGUUGUUGCUAAUGAUAAGAACACUAUCACUAUUCCACAAGUUAGUACUACUGUUUAUGGAACUGUUACCGAUAUUGUCUCUUGUUACCCAACUGUCAAUAGUAACGGUGAAUUGGCUGUUGCAUCUGGCACACAUAAUGUGGCUGCUGUUGUUGUUAAAACAGUUACCGAAACUGAAACUGAAGCAGUAAAUCCCGUCCAAAUGACAUCUGCUAAACAAUCCACCACUAGGAAUGAACAAUCUACUAACGUUAAUGUUGACGCUAAGUCUGUUCAAACAACUACUUCCAACACAAAACAAGUAGUGGUCACUAAGACUGUUAUUCCAGAUGAAUCUACAAUUUUAGCUAACACAAAGCAAACAACCACCUCUAAUGUCAAACCAGAACAAAUAGUAGUAACUAAGACUGUUAUUCCAGAUGAAACCACCACUUUAACAAAUACCAAGGUUGAAACUCACACAGACGCUACUAAUGAAGCUGCCGCUAACCAACUCGAUGACACUGCUAAGACUAAUGUUGCUACUGGUAGUCAAAUUACAUCUAUCUCUACAGUUCAAAUUAGCGAACAAUCAUCUUAUGGUUUCCAAAGUGUCACCACUAGAGCUAUCAGUGAAUUUAGUGCCAACAAUGGUAACACUCUAGGUUCAACCUUAGGUCUAGGUUCUCUUGCUUACAUGCUUUUCCUAGCAUUGUAA